CAACUCGGUAUGUCGGUUUGUUAACGACGAUGCACUUACUCGGUGUGGCAUAUAAUCACUCAACUCUGCAUCGACGAUGGAAAGUAAACACUUUCACGCGAUCUGAUUGAGUCCAAAAGCGAAAGCACAACAUGACGAUACCUAUUCCAGCACUGCAGCCCUCAGCAAUCGCGGCCAGAGAUGAACUAAGCAAGCGGUCGAUUCCUCACAUGGUACUCAGCCAAGGUGAUGCAAAGUCUUUGACUGCGCCUCCCACCUUCGAUUUUGGCACGAAUGAUACGGACUGCGCUCUGGGAAGGUUCAGGGUAGACGGCAACGCGGUAGUCACAGGUGGCACAGGCACUCUCGGUCUCGCAGCCUGCACCGCUCUGCUGGAACAUGGUCUUUCAGGCCUUGCAAUCUUCGACGUCAACGCAGCACAAAGCGAGCCCCAUCUGACGAAGCUUAGACAGCGGUUUCCAUCGCGCACCAUUGCCUGCUACCAGGUAGAUGUCACAGAUGAUGUAGCUGUACAAGAUGCAGUCGACUUGGCGACGGAGACUCUUGGAUCGAUCAAUCAUCUUCUCUGCUUCAGUGGUAUCGUUGGCUGCGUGAACGCCAUGGACAUGUCCGCUGCUCAAUGGCGUCGAAUUAUGGAUGUCAACACUACCGGAUCAUUUUUGUGUGCUCAAGCCGUCGCUCGCAAGAUGGCAAGGCAGGGCACUGGGGGAUCCAUCGUCUUCACUGCCUCGAUCUCUGCGCACAGAGUCAAUUACCCGCAACCACAAGCAGCAUACAAUGUCAGCAAGGCUGCUCUGAUCACACUGAAGAACUGUCUCGCUGCGGAGUGGGCACGUUACGGUAUCAGAACAAAUUCGGUCAGUCCUGGUUAUAUGGACACAAUCUUGAAUGAAGGACCUGGGAUCGCUGAGGCGAGGGACGUGUGGGCUGCCAGGAAUCCUACUGGCCGGAUGGGCACGCCCGAUGAGUUGACAGGGGCAAUCGUGAUGCUCUCAUCGACAACAAGCUCGUACAUCAAUGGGACAGAUAUCGUAGUUGACGGAGGCGCUAUAGUCUUCUGAAGUCAGUCAGCUAUGGAAUAUACGGAGGAGCCAGCUUAGGGAGGGAUCGCACUGUAGGUGCGGUCUCCCUAGUAAAGUGCAGACUCAUUGAUAACGAGCUAUUCCAAUUGCUUCUGCAAUUUGAAAUACUUAUAAUUGUAUCACAAGAUUAAUCCCAGUACUUCUUCUGCUAAGUUUCCAGACCGA